AUGGAACAAGCUAAUAGGUUAGUUAGUCUUCAAGAGGACAGAAUUGAACAAAUACAGGAAGCUCAAACUAAUUAUUUGAAAACACCCAAGUCUCGAAUAACAUUAAGUUACAUCGAAACUCGCCUCGAAACAUUGGAACAUUUAUACUGCUCGUUAACAAAGGGACACGAAGAAAUAUCUACGUUGAUCCUUCGUGGACAAAGAGGUUCUGUCGAUUAUUUUAGUCUAGAUAAAUGUAUUGAAUUAGAUGAACUUUAUACGAUUUAUAAGACUUCGUUAAAGGAAAAAAUAGUUGAAAUAAAUAAAGAAUUGACAACAAGUAAUGCACUUAGCCCGAGAACUAGUACAAGUACAGAAAUAAAGUUGCCUACGAUACAGAUACCCAUAUUUGCGGGUAGUUAUACGGACUGGCCAUCGUUUAGAGAUUUGUUUACAUCUAUCGUACACAAAAAUACAACUUUAGUAUCACCAGCGUCGUCAACCCCAUGCACAUUUUGUGAUGGUGAGCACUACAUUUUUCAAUGUUAUCAGUUUGUUAGACUAAACCUAGAACAAAGAACAGAAUUUGUGAAAGAAGACCAUUUAU